CAGACCCACUACAAACUGUACUAUGAUCCUCCUAAAGUAACCUUGACGCAUUAAAUCUUUGUCGAUUGCACAAAUAUUGACUGAUUAGAUAAUUUCAGCUAAUCGAUAGUCAAUAGCACAGAGUUUGAAUACUCAUCAGUAGUUGAAUUGAAGAGAGUAAGCCUGAAAAUGAAUAGGAUUUUUGUUUGUUCAAUAGCGAUAUUCGUGGUUUAUAUAGGCUGGAAAGUGAACGAUUUUAUGGUAAAGCCACCUUUACCAGAAGUUGAAGACAAGUGGUGGGGACCUGGAACCCCCAGAAAAGUAGACAAUCCUAUCAGGAAUUUCACCAUACAAAUACCAGACGAGGUUCUAGAAGACCUGAAAUACCGCCUGGACCACCACAGAUCGUUCACACCUCCCUUGGAGGGUAUCCAACACCAAUACGGCUUCAACACCAACCUCCUGAAAAAGAUCGUCGAUUUCUGGCGGAUGAAAUACAACUGGCGCGAACGAGAAAAGUACCUCAAUAAGUACCCGCAGUUCAAAGUGAACGUUGACGGAUUGGACGUACAUUUCAUCCAUGUGAAACCCGAUAAAGUCCCUGAAGGAGUGAAAGUGCUGCCGUUGCUGUUGGUUCACGGAUGGCCAGGAUCUGUAAGGGAGUUUUACGACAUUUUGCCCAAGUUGACAACGCCUCGCGAAGGAUACGAUUUUGUUUUCGAAGUUGUUGCUCCACAUAUUCCAGGUUAUGGUUUCUCCCAGGCAGCUGUUCGUCCAGGAUUGGGACCAGAGCACAUAGGGCACAUGUUCAAAAAGUUGAUGGAAAAAAUAGGGCACAAGAAGUUUUAUAUGCAAGCCGGAGACUUUGGACAUAUUAUCCUGCAACAUUUAGCAAUUUGGUUUCCAGACAGCGUUUUGGGGUUCCACAGUAACUUUUGCGUGGUAAUGACUCCAACGUCUUAUAUCAAACAUUUGGUAUCUGCGAUAUCACCUUCGUUUCCUUGGUACGUGAGACCAGAUCACUACGACAGGGUGUUUCCUAUCAAGGAGAAGAUUGGAUCCAGGUUACGAGAAACUGGAUACCUGCACAUCCAGGCAACCAGACCAGAUACCCUCGGUGUUGGUAUUAACGAUUCCCCGGUAGGUUUAGCAGCCUACAUCCUAGAAAAAUUCAUAGUAGGCACCAACAAUACCUUUUUAGAGCGUGAGGACGGAGGCCUAGAAGAAUACUACACUUACACGGACCUCAUCGAUAACCUCAUGAUAUAUUGGGUAACAGGCUCUGCUACGACGUCUUUCAGAUUGUAUGCUGAAACGUUUAAUAAGGAAUAUUUUGCGAGUCCUUUCAGAAGGUAAGGAAUAUUUUCAUUUUUCUUGUGAGUGCCAGUGGUGGAUCAAGGAUCUCUGGAUCGUCAUGAUUUUCGGAGCAUACAUUUUAUCCACUUUGAUGCCCCAUAAACCCAUAGCUCGACGCACAUUGUGUCCUCCACGUCGUCUUUGAUCCGCCCUUGCUGAGAGGCUAGUUGACACUUUUUUUUAACUAAAUGAUUCAACUUUGAAAACACCCUGUAUUCUGCCUGAAUGCGAGACAUAUGAAGCUAGAGUCCGUCCCUGAUUCCUAUGCUAUAACUAAUUAGUAACUUUAGGUCGCUAGUAUUGGCAGCACUGGUGAAUACUAAAAUUUUAUAUAUAUAACGCUUUUUAUUUCAAACUUCAUGCUACAACUGAAUUGGUAAUUAUUUCGUUCUUUCGGAAAGCCCGGUUUAAGAAAAGAGGACAUUUUUAAUAGAAGCAGUAUGAAAUCCAAAGGCAGGCAACCCAAAACUACACUUCUGUCUUUCUACUGCUAGUUGGGUUGCCUACCUUAUAGCAUUACGAAAGAUGAUUAACAGCCUCCUUACAUUAUUUGAAAUUUUAAUUAUUGCUUUUAGCGCUGUAAAGUUUUGUUAUGAACUAACUAUGUGAGUGUGUGGUGAUUAGAUGUUGUGUAACAACUUCAUUCAUAAUUAUUGUAUUUUACUAUUUUUCAGGCACCCCGUCCAAAUUCCAGU